GUUUCCUUUCUGGUAAUAAACAAAACACAUGUAAACAAGACUUCAAGACUUUGUGUCCAAAUAAAGAACUCAACGCCUUGCGAACAACGGAACCUCGGCGAAUGUUACAGAAUGUUAUCGAUCGCUAUUCAAUCAAGCACUGGGUAACUUCUAGAAUACGCUCGUGUCGCCAUGACCGUUACAGGCAUUCGUCACGGUUGUGUAUAUAAGUGCUGGUCAGAGUCGCUCAGGCUUCAGCAAACUCCUCCAACUUCAAUCAAUAACAACCACCAAAGCACCGUCUCUCGACAUCAAUUAUAUACUAUUCCUGUGCCCAAUCAUGUCUCUAGUGCGCACGUUCUACGACCCAUUCACUGAGUUCGACAAGCUAUUUGACGAUGCUUUCAAUGCUCGUUUCCGUCCCUCCUCUACCACCGAGGGUAAUACUACCUUGACUCAUCGCCGUGACCGGGUAUUUCCCAGAAUGGAUCUGCAUGAGAACGCCGAGACCAAGACGGUCACGGCGACAUUUGAACUUCCUGGCAUUAAACGACAGGAUGUCAAUGUCGAGGUCCACGGAAACCGCCUGACCAUAUCUGGGGAGUCGAAGGGUUCGGAUAAAUACAACAAGGGCAACUAUUUGGUUCAGGAGCGAUCGCAUGGCAAAUUCUCCAGGACCCUUCAAAUUCCUCAGGGAAUCAAGGCUGAGGAUGUUCACGCAAAGAUGGAGAAUGGAGUGCUUACUGUGUCCUUCCCGAAGGCUGGACCAGACCAACAACCCCAGCAGAUUGCGAUCGCGUGAAGACGCGGUGGAUCUGUUUAGCCCAAUUCAUUAUCGUUUCAAACCUGUACCAUUGACAUAGGACUAGGGUGGAAAAGUAAUAGUGUAUAUGUACAAUAGUGGAUCACCUGAUCUAUUUUUGAAUCGAAGUACUGCAGCUGAAA